CGAGGUUUUUCUGAGCUUUGCUAACGUUAGCCGCCAGCCGGUUGUAUGACGGUGUACCCUGCCGCCCCCCGCGUUAACACCGCCCCCCGACAUCGCGGCGUUCAGCUGGAGUGAUGUGGUUUAGCGGAACCAGGUCCUGGCUGGGGAGGUUAAAGGCCCUCCGAGGUCUAGCGAGUAGACGCCGGUCACUCAGACCCGUCAUGUGCAGGACCGCUGCGUCCUGCCAGGGUGCAGCGGGUAAGAGUCAAUGGACCAAACCCACAGGGUUCGACACGGGGGUGAAAACGUACAACAGCCUCACCAAGCAGAAGGAGCCCCUCAUCCUGGCCCGGGACGGGGUAGCGACUUGGUACAGUUGUGGACCCACUGUUUAUGACCAUGCCCAUCUUGGUCAUGCAUGUUCUUACGUCAGAUUUGACAUCCUGCAGAGGAUUUUGUCCAGGCUUUUUGGAAUCAACGUUAUCCAUGCUAUGGUUAUCACUGAUAUUGAUGAUAAAAUCAUCAAAAGAAGUUGGGAGGAAAACAUAUCCCCACUUGUUCUGGCCAGAAUGUAUGAGGAGGAAUUCAAAAAGGAUAUGUCGUUGUUAAAGGUCAUACAACCCGCAGUGUACUUAAGAGUUACUGAGAAUGUGCCCUCAAUAGUGAUGUUCAUUGACCAGAUUAUCAGAAAUGGACAUGCCUAUGCCACAGAGAAAGGUGAUGUAUAUUUUGACAUCCAGUCCAUUGGAGACCGUUAUGGUAAAUUUACGGGUGCCGCCGAUGGACACCACGAGCCUGGAGACACAGGUAAACGGGAUGCUCGGGACUUCGCACUGUGGAAGACUUCAAGGCCAAACGAACCUUACUGGGAUUCUCCUUGGGGCAAAGGAAGACCUGGCUGGCAUAUCGAAUGUUCAACAGUUGCCAGUUCUAUGUUUGGGAGUCAGCUGGACAUCCAUUCAGGAGGCAUUGACCUUGCCUUCCCUCACCAUGAGAAUGAGAUUGCCCAGAGCGAAGCCUAUCACCUGUGUGGACAGUGGGGAAACUACUUCCUGCACUCGGGGCACUUACACCUUAAAGGAAGUGCAGAGAAGAUGUCCAAAUCUUUAAAGAACUAUAUUACUAUAAAGGAUUUCCUCCAGUCUUAUUCUGCGGAUGAAUUUCGGAUGUUUUGCCUCUUGACAAGCUACAGAUCAGCUAUUGACUACAGUGAUGCUAGCAUGACUGAAGCACGGGCUAAUUUAUCAAUUAUCACCGCCUUCAGUCACUCAGCCCGAGCGUAUAUGAAGGGUCAGCUGCAGUGCCCGGCAUUUGAAGAGGGAGUUCUCUGGAAGAGACUGGCUGAGACUAAAGCGAGUGUGAUGGCAGCCUUGGCAGACGACUUUGAUACGCCACGAGCUGUCAAUGCCAUCAUGAAGCUUAUCUACCAUGGAAACUGUCAGCUUCAACCCAUUUCGAAGGCUGACGGGUCGGCUCGAAGCCCGGCUGUGUUCGGAGCCAUCCUCUCCUACAUCAGGGAAAUCUUGGAGGUCGUCGGGAUAGAUCUGCUGGAUAGGAAGGAGGGCGGUGAACUGAAUUCUCUGGUAAACCUGGAGAGCGUGCUGGAGCAGCUGACUUGUUUCCGGAGAGAAGUGCGAGCCUUUGCCCUCACUCCUCAGAAUCCCGGCCUCCCCGGGAGUCCCACUAGUUCCAAAGCGAAGCCUUACCCAGAGAGGAUUCCCCUCCUCAAGGCCUGCGACGCUCUGCGGAAUGACCUGAUACCUCUGGGCGUGCUCAUAAAGGAUAGAGGAGCUACGUCCACCUGGGAGAUAUCCGAGAGGAGAGAGACCCCCCUGGACAAAGACGAGGACAGAUCCAAAUGAGACGAAGCGCUGCCUCAGACUGGGACCGGUAUGCUUGUUGGACUGGUGGACUCGUGUUCACCCAGAACUCAAGAACUGGAUUCUCUUUGAGGCCCAAAUGGGAGAUUUGAUAAAAAAUCUUGAAAAGACUUUCUAUAAUCUAUGAAGGACAGAGGAUCAGACCAUCUGGAUAAAUAAUAAACAAUAUGAUAAUGACAGUAAUAAAAAAGGGGGGGGGCAACUGGUUUAAGUGGAGAAUCACACGCUCAAACUUUCUGUACUGGUUUGCAAAAACUGAACUGGGGGCAGUUGUAAUUUCCCUGCAAAAGAAAAAUGUCCGACGUGGCUGCAGAAAGUGACUGUCAUUUUUGCAGUGUUAGAAGUUUGAUGAAAACCAACUCGAUGAAACAAGUUUUGUCCCGAUGUUUAGCGCCAGUUUAUUGUUGUACAGUAACAUGUCUCACAAGCUUCCAAGAUAAGAUCCCCUUUACACACGAGGCGGUGAUGAAACGGGCAGUUUUACACGUUGGAUGUGAUACCGAGUGAGUUCUGUGAUUUAUCGAUAAAUUAUUUUU